AGUGAACCAAAAUACGCCAGAGAACAGAAAUUCUUUACACGUUUGCUUGAUUCCUCUGGACACUAGUCUCAUGUUACGCAUGUGUAUUACGUCGUAAAUCAUUCUAGCCAGGAAAAGCAAGCUGCUGCUGGCUGCUGCCGUUUCGUCGCUGUGCCUGAUAAUAUCCGACAUUAAUCGAGAAAUAAUGUGGAUGUAUAACCAAACUUAAUGUGCGUUAGACGUCUCUGGGUUAAAUGUCGCUCAAUCGUUGUAACGUAUAGGUUCCAGCACCUUUUGGGGUAUGAUAUGUCCGGCUGUUAGAAGUUGGGCACGAAGUUUCGAUUCUUAAACGCGGAUAUCUACUGUGGCAGAAAUGGAGAAGAGCUGUGAAAGAAUAAGUGAACACAAACAGGACAGCAAGACAUAUGGCUGUAUGGAGAGGACAUUUUCGACUCUGUCGGUGGAUGAUGUGUAUGAAAUUGCCAAACUUAUUGGAUCUGAAGUAGAAAAACUAAUCGACGGUUAUGGUAAAGAGAGUGCCGAGGGUCUAGUUCCUAAAAUUGUGAAAGUGUUAGAGCUGCUGGAAUGUUUUGCUGCGAGAAAUCAUGCACAGAAAUCCAAAGAGGAGGAACUGUUGAAGGCGUUUGAGACGCUACAGGUACAACAACAGAAGAAACAACGUGGGACUAAAGAAUGCGAGGAGGGCAACAACACUGAAAUGCGGGACUGGCAGCAGAAGGAGAAAAAGUGGCAGGAACGGAUGGAGGAGGUCCAGGACCAGGUGCGUCAACUGCAGGAGGAGAACAAGGAGCUGCUGGGUCGCAUCAGGUGCACCCACUCUCAGGAAGACCGUGUACAGCGGCAGGAGCGUGAGGUGAUGUUGAAACUGAAAGAGGUGGUGGACAAACAGCGGGAUGAGAUUCGUGCAAAAGCUCUGGAGAUAUCUUCCGUGUCCAAAGAGGUGGAAGCGUUGCAGGAGCAGUUGGACCGCUUCAUGAAAAUGAACAGUGAGCUGCGGCACAAGCAGAGCGUCAUGCAGGCACAGCUGAAGAGUGCAGUGGAGCGUAAGGCCGACAUGGAGGCCGACCUGUGCGAGAAACAGAAGGAGAUAGAGUGCCUCGCCACACAGCUGGAGAAGGCCAAUGCCAACACAUCCCCCUUAUCUACGCCGGCUAUCGACCUAACUGACAAGAUGAUCUUUGAUCUGAAGGACCCCAACCGGCCGUGUUUCACCAAACAGGAAGUGAGGGACAUGAUUUUUGAGCGUAACGAGCUGAAGGCUAACCUCUUUCUGGUCCAAGAGGAGCUGUCCUACUACCAGAGGGAAAUCUUGAAUGAUGAGAGGUGUCCAGGCUUCUUGCUGGAUGCAGUGCGCUCUGCCAUAAAGAAGCAGAGAACUGUCAUCAAGGCCAAGAUGCUGGGGAUCCGGGCAGACGACUGCAGCAGUGAUGAGGAGGAUAAAGGCCCUUUGUUUGAGAACAAGGACGCAGACAAUGAUACAGAUUGUCCUGACAGCAGACCUCCAGAGUCUCGCAUCAGAAACCUGUUUGGCUUCCUGACUCGUUCGGGCAGCCACACCAAGAGCCCCAGCCCUAACAACGCCGGCUCGUCCUGGGAAAUAAUCGUCCCAGACGACAUGGAGCCUGAGGCGGACGCAGAGCCCCGCCGUUCACCCUGACCCCCCACUUCCCUACACCCCUCUCAUCUCAGCCUUUGCCCCUCCGCAACAUGCCUGAUGAAGUGUCCCCUCUUGAUUACACAGUAUAGACACUGAGGCAGUGCAGGGGUUGGGUUAUGCAGGGACUAGCCAGACUCUCCCUGGAAAACCUUUUUUGAAAGGUUAUUUGUCAAUAAUAAUUGUCAGUCCUUUAUUACUGACAUUGUAUUGUAUUUCCUGUAUUACUGACAUGGGCAGUAUUUUAGGGGAUUGUAAUUCCCUAUUGGGUAUUCUGAAUGAUUUCAUGAUGGUAUAGAUUUGCAACAGUGUUGUUAAUAUGGCAGGUGUAUUUGGAAUAUACCACAGAAAGUGUAUAUACUAUAUAUUUGAUUUUUAAGUCCUCUUAAAUUGUUUAAAUUCUUGCAGCUAUUUUUGUAGACAUAUUUUAUUACAAACAUUAACCAAAGAUACAAACAAGUAUCAUUUCUAAUUGCAAUGUCAAAAUUGGACACAAGGGGGCAUUAAAACAUAUUUUUACACAGUUUGACCACAUAAAAAUGUUGUCGGAGUAACAUGUCUUCUAUUGCAGUACGUAGUUAAAGGUGUUUUGAAUAGCAUACAAUCAACCUAAUCCAGGGCUAUUUCUUAUUAGCGCAUUUUAACCCAUGAACAGUGUACUUAUUUCUCAGUAAGCACUUGAUGCCCUCAAACCAGAAUGUACAGAUAUUGCUCUUCCCAGUGCCAUCCCUGCUAACUGGACCUCUCUUUCCUUGGGAAUGCAGUAUGCUCCUUCUCAUGUUGUAUGUCUAAGGUGCAGUGUGUAGUAUUUGUUGUCAACAAAUGAAAGUGCUUUUUAACCUACUUUAAUGAUAAUUCUGUAGGCGCAGUAAAAAAAACUAUAACGUUACUUGAUGUUUCUACAUAUUGCAUGCAUUUGUUUUUUGUUAAAUUUGUCAAUGGUGCAUUUUUUUCCAUGAAAAAUGCAAUCAAAUGCAAUAAAACGUUAGCAACAGCUAGACAAGCAUCCUAGAAUGCAUGACAAGUUUUGGAUCUCAUUAGAAUUCCAAACUUUGUCUUAAACUUGGAAGCACUUUCACUGUUUUGACAGCUGUUGCUACACCAGUGGUGUAAAGACAUGAUUCCAUGUUCUAAGUGAGCGUUGGCAACAGGGCAUUAGCCUCCUGUGCACCCAGCCGUGGGCUGAACUUCCUUUAGAUUGAGUCUGUGUGUGUGUGUGUGUGUGUGUGAGAGAGAGAGAGAGAGGAAGUGUGUGUUUCCUUCAGGGGGAAAUGAGACCUCACACGUGUGCCCUGAGACAUCAGUGUGAGGAGGCUAAGAUGAUGACUACCAGUGACCCCCUCCAACCUUCAGUGGGUACUUAAAAAAAAAAUGUAAUGUUAUUCUACAGGCGGAGACCAGUGGAGAUGUCCUGUGCCACCGAGGAUACUUGUCCUUAAAGUGUUUUAUUUUUGUAAGCAUGUUUGUUUUCAUGGGGAACCUUUGUGCAACAAAACCAAAUAAAUAUUUGAAAUUGAUUUCCAUA